GUCAGUAGCGCGACGAACCUCGGUGGCUGAAGCAGAGACUGUGGGCUGAACAAACCAAACACGGGUGAUUUAUUAAUACGAUUGAGUAAUGGAUUUGGAACAGCCAAAGGUAGACUCUGCUACAUCUCAGCCAACACCCGCACCUCCCUCCGAGACCAAGAAGCCAAAUCCGCCUCCGUACGUCCCCAAACAGCGACUUCCUGACAAAGACAAAACUCAGGCUCAGGGAGAAGCAAAGCCGAGACCCAGGCCUCGCUACACUGACAAGGCACGGAAGAAUGCCAAGAACAAGAAGGACAAGGCUGGAGGAGAGGGUAAGUCGGCAGCCGUUGAAGGAGAAGAUGCAGGUGAGCUACAGAACAGCGAUACAAAGCCUGAUGUGAAGGAAGAGCCGCUCGAGGAUACAGAUGUGCAGGUCAAAGAGCAGCUUGAGUCAGCCAGUCUGGAGGCAGAUGUUGCCUCACGGCUGGAAGCAAUAUCCCUUCUGGAGGAAGAGGAGGAAGAGGAGGAAGAGGAAAGCUGGGAUACACUGUUCAACGAUGAGGGCGACUCUUUGGAACAGCACCUGCCUGCCGAGCUGGCUGUGAAGCAGGGUCGAAAGAAGAAGUCAAUCCAGGGCCGCAGGUUUGAUUACUACAACAUGGACCGAGAGGAGGAUGAUGAGGAAGCCGACCUCAGAGAUGAUGAAAUCUCUAACAUCGUAGAAAUCUACGACUUUCCUGCUGAAUUUAAGACCGAUGACCUUCUCAAGUUAUUCCAGGCUUAUCAACAGAGGGGCUUUGACAUUAAGUGGAUCGAUGAAGUUCACGUUAUAGGCCUCUUCUCAAGCCCCAUAGCAGCCCGUGAAGCUUUAAGAACCAAACAUCCACUGAUGAAGUUGCGACCACUCUCCAAAUCCUCCGCCGAAGUACAAGCCAAAGCCCGAAGCAGCUCAGAGGACCUCCUGCCUGCAAAAGACAGACCUCAGACGAGUGCAGCGAUGGCUCGUAGGCUUGUGAUCGGUGCCCUUGGUGUUAAAAACAACCAGACUGACGAGCAGCGCGAAGCCGAGAAGAGGAAACUCCUGGCAGCGAAAGAACAAAAGCGCCUGGAAGCCAAACUGAAGGAAGAUGCUUGGGAGGGAAAGUGACAGAAAACAACAACUACUCGUAUGAUUCCUUUUGCUUUUUCCAACAGACGCAAAGCUUCUGUUACUUCUUCUGCUCUGUCUCUCUCCACUGGCCACUCUUUCCUACCACCACACUUCCCAGAUAUGGAUUCCCAUCAAUUUUUCCUUUUUGCCGCUGUCCAUUAGUCUGCAGCGUUUCCUAAGGGUCAGGGCGUCCGUUCACUGUUCCCGAUCCUUUAUUAUUUCUUUAUUAGGAACUGUUCUUUCACCUGGACUUACUUUCAUAUCUGUUACACUGUAACUAAGGUCUGUAAUGAAGCACUGAGCCUAAUCAUUUGUAAUUCAUUGAAAGGAUGAUUUUCUGUGAAGCUGUAGAGCAUCAUGUUUGUCAUUGUUUUACAUUUUUUUUAGAUGUUUUUUUAAGAUAAACUAAACUAAAUCCACCCGCAAGGUAAAUAUCCUGUAUUGUUAAAAUCAUUAUGAUACAGUACAUGAUGGUAUAUGAAUAUACUGUUGAGAGUCAGUUCUUGUAUCACAAUGUAAUAGUAACUUUUAUUAAACUUUAACUUCACUUUUAAAACUUCAUAUAGGUCAGUUUCAGCGUUUGAACUGUGUCGUGUGUUUGUCUGUACAUCUUUUCAGUCAGAGGAUUUCUUUGUCCAAAGAAAGAUGAUGAUGAUAAAUAUGUUUUCACCCAUUCUGUCAGGGAAACUUUGAACAGAAAUAACUUGUCAUGAUCUUUCAAGCUAAGUAGUAUCAAGAGCAUGAAACAUUCUUAGGUCAGAUAGAAAUAUGAUGAACUACAAGGUAUCUUAAAUAAAUGUAUUGCAUCUCAUUAAUGUUUCCCCCACUGGUUAUUUUUCAAAAGCUCCAACAGUAACUUAAUAUACUUGUAUGUUGUUCAGAUGAAUCAGUGGGACUCCCAGUUUACCUUUCUUAUCCAUUUCAAACUGUAUUACCAGACAUUGGACAGUGUUUUUUUUUAAGUACAGUGGAGAGCAUCUUUAUUACAAUAUAUGUGGUUAAAACCUUCGAAAAAUAAAUUCUGAAAAAAUGUGUAGAACGUGGUCUUAAUGUGGCUGCAGAGUCACAGAUCCUGGGUCUGUGAACUUGAAUGAAACUGUUGAACAGAUGUUAUAUAACUGUGUCUGUUUGUAUCAGUAACUUACAGUAGAUUCCUGAAUAAAUAAAAAGAAAAGAUUCCA